GUGAGUGCAGAGCGCUUCCCUGUGCAACAUUACCGGCAAUGGAAAGAUUGCACAAUGUGCCAAUGCGGAAGAGCCCUGCCUGCUGCCUCUCAGCUCUGCCCAAGCCCCGGGUUAGCGCUGCCUGUACGGACCUGCCUGGGGAGGGGGGAAUGGGGCGGCUCGGUCCGUGAGGCGGGGAGCGGCCAGUACCAGGGAUCACACAAUGGCCGUAUCUGCUCCGCAGCGUCCCAGCCUGGUGGUGAAGUUGGUGAUGACUGGGGACUCGGACGUUGGGAAAACCUGUAUUCUUACUCGAUUUACCGAGAAUACGCUCCCCUCUUACAUCUCCACCGUGGGUAUUGAUUUUAAGACAAAAACCAUUCAUGUUGCUGAGACAGCAUUAAAGCUCCAGAUCUGGGACACUGCUGGCCAAGAGAGAUUCCACACACUCAGUGUUAGUUAUUUCCGUGGAGCUCAAGGCUUCGUUCUUGUCUAUGAUAUUACAAAUCCUGCUUCAUUUGAAAAUACCGCUGUGUGGAUGAGAGACAUUAAAAUGAAAGCUGGCGAGGAGGUAGAAGUAGUUCUCUUGGGAAAUAAGUGUGACAGAGAAGAUGAACGCGAAGUUGCCAAGGAGCAAGGGGAGAAGCUGGCAUGGGAAUUUGGCAUACCGUUUUUUGAGACAAGUGCAAAAGAAAAUAUAAAUAUUGAAAAGGCAUUUAUAACACUGGCAGAAGCUAUAUACGCAAAGAGAGGAUCGUUAUUAGUUAAUCACAAUGUAGUCAAUUUGCAAGACAUGAAGAAAAAGAAUUCCUGCCUGACGUGUAGCUAAGGCUGAUGUAACCCACCCUAUUGCCUAUGUUGUGAAAGGAAAUCCAGGACUGGUUUAAUAAAUUAUGUGUGUACAGUAUAAAUAUAGGUAUGUUAUAUUAUGCACAUUGAGUGUCUGACUAAGAAGUAGCGUACUUAGAAUCAUUUAUUUAAGUUACAACAUUUAGAACUAUCCAUAGAUAACUAUAUUGUGAGUAAAUGUUUUUGCAUUAUUUUAGUCACACUGAGCUUAUGUGAGUUUAUGUAAAUUAUUCAGCUCUGAGCAUGGCAAAUUUCAUGCAUUAAUAACUAUAAAUACUGCAAUUUACCUC